AUGAGCAGAGUAUCGCAGGCGGCCGAGGCGCUGCUGGAGCAAUUCCGGAACAAGGAGAAGUAUCUGCUCGAGGGAGACUUGCUGCCCGAGAGCAUCAACGAAGCUUAUGAGGUCCAGGAUUCAUACCAGGGCGCGCUGGCCAAGGACUUUGGUGCGGUAGCAGGAUACAAAAUCGCUUAUACCACUGCCGCACUGCAGCAGUCCUCGGGAAUCAGCGAGCCGGUGGCCGUGUGA